UUAUUUAUUUAAGCGGCUGAUUGAAACGCCUGACCCAGCCGGCAGCCCGGCAGCCCAGCAGCACGCAGCACAAUUUUUGUAAGCAGUCUUGUCAGGACGCACAGCCAGAGACACGUCCAGUCCAAGUCCAAUGAAGCCGGCAGCUGGUGGUGAUGGCGGAGGGCAGCAGGCAAGCCGCCGACGACCUGCCGAUCUCGGCCUCCUCGCGCUCCUCGGCUCGUCGCUGCUCCUCAACGCCGUCUUCCUCGCGCGCCACUUCCUGCCGCCGCCGGCGCGGCUGCUGGAUGGUGUCGACGCGGCCGGCGGCGGCGGCUGCGGGCUCAGCUGGGCCCUGCAGGCGGCCAGGGAGGCCGAGGCGGUGGCCGCCGUCGACUGCUCGGGCCACGGGCAGGCGUUCCUCGACGGCGUCGUCGGCGAGGACGGCGGGCGGCCCGGGUGCGAGUGCAACGCCUGCUUCAGCGGGCCGGACUGCUCCCUCCGGACGCCCGGCUGCACCGCCGACGCCGACAGCGGGAACCCGCUGUUCCUGGAGCCGUACUGGCGGCGGCACGCGGCCGCCAGCGCCGUGGUGGUCUCCGGGUGGCACCGCAUGAGCUACAGCACCACCGACGGCAUGUUCCAGUCCGUGGAGCUCGAGCGACAGAUCCGGCGCUUGCACAGGGCCGUCGGCAACGCCAUCGCCGACGGCAAGCGCAUCGUCUUCGCCGCCGGCUCCAUGCAGCUCAUCAACGCGCUCGUGUACGCGCUCUCCCCCGACGACGCCAACGCCGCCUCGAGCUCGCCGCCGGCCCGCGUGGUCGCCACCGCGCCCUAUUACCCAGCGUAUAAAGCACAGACGAAGAUGUUCGACGGCCGCGAGUACAGGUGGGGCGGAACCACGGCUCUAUGGGCCAACGCAUCACGGAACUCCACUACUGACGACGGCGACGGCGGCUUCAUCGAGUUCGUCACGUCGCCCAACAACCCGGACGCCCAGCUCGAGAAGGCCGUCCUCGGCGGCUCGUCGGCCGCGGCCAUCUUCGACCACGCCUACUACUGGCCGCACUUCACGCACAUCCCGGCGCCGUCCGACGAGGACGUCAUGAUGUUCACCAUGUCCAAGCCCUCCGGCCACGCCGGCAGCAGAUUCGGGUGGGCGCUGAUCAGGGACGAGAAGGUGGCCAAGAAGGCGUACGAGUACGUGAAGAUGAGCGUGAUGGGCGCGUCCCGGGACACCCAGCUGCGGAUGCUGGGGAUCGUCAAGGCCAUGCUGGCCAACCUGCACGGCGAGGAGGACAUCUUCGCCUUCGGGUACGACGUGAUGAGGAGCAGGUGGCGCCGCCUGAGCACCGCCGUGUCGCGGUCCCGCCGCAUCUCGCUGCAGAAGAUGGCUCCCGAGUACUGCACCUACUUCAAGCGCGUCAGAGAGCCGUCGCCAGCCUACGCGUGGGUGAAGUGCGAGAGGGAGGAAGACGAAGACUGCUACGACGUGCUGCUCAAGGCCAAGAUCAUCACGCGCACGGGCGUCGCGAACGAGGCCGGCAGCCGCUACACGAGGAUCAGUCUGCUCAAGGGGGACGAUGACUUCGAAGUGCUCAUGGAGAGGGUCACCGAUCUUGUCAAUGCCGAGAAGUACGACGACGCUCCCGGUUCCAGCUCCAUGUGAUGGUAAGAACCGCAGGAGUUUAACUGGCUCCGGACGGGACGGGCAAGGUAAAAUUACGGUUAAUUAAUACCGGAAAUGAUCAGCUAGGCGCUGAUUAAUUUUCCACGAAAUUAAUUAAAUUACACGAACGGUCAACUAGAAAUUGAUUGUUCAUUUCCCGGGAUGAGCCGGCGGGGAUAGCUGGGCACGACGGGUAAUAAAAAUACAAGAGAUGAUCAGCUACUGGCUGAUUGUUCUCGUUCUCAGAUCAUUUGCUAGUGUAUGUACAGGAAAGAAAAAAAAUUGUAUGUUGUGUAUGGAACAUACUCCUAUGUCACUAGAAAUGGGAUGAUGGGCAUUGCGUACA